CCAUUUUUGGGUUUCGUGGCUGGAACAGCGGACCUUGGCAGGCAGGGCGCUUUGUCGUAACUAAACUCCGUUGAUGAUCCCUCGUCGUUCCCCCGAGCCCGCCCUCGCCUUAAGCUUACACCCGCUUCCCUCUCCCCUUUGUUUCUUCGCCACGCUAUUCCUGCGUCUCCUAGCUUGCGAAGUAAUCUCUCGCAUCUAGAGGCCACAGAAGAGAAGAAAAAAAAACAUUCGGGAGAAACCUGAGGGAAUCUGCCGACCAUGCGCUACACUUCCUUCUUACUGCCGCUCGUGGCCGGCGUCGUCGCGGACACUGCACGGCCAAGGACUUUGGAGGAGAAUGGCCCCAAGUUGGAGUCGAGGGAUCCCACCAAGAUCACACAUUCGCCCAAAGCUAGAGUCAUCCCCGCCGGGUUGAGGGACAUACGAACGCCCGUGCCUAGGGGCAUACUGGAUAAGCGUUACUUUGGCAUUGGUGAAGACGACAACGAAGACGACUAUUACGAAAGCCAUAGGCAGUUUCUCAGCGGAAUGGACCGUAAUGACGACUCCGAAGACAAUUCGCCGCCCGUUAAUGGCGGGGCUAUAGCAGGAGGAGUCGUUGGCGGCUUGGUGAUGCUUCUGGUGCUGUUCGCCAUUUGGUACUUCGUCCGUUUUCGACCUAGACGCAAGUUACGGAGAGAAGCUGAGAGGAAGGCCGACGAUAUCGAAAACUACGCAGCUUCAUCCACCUCGACCAUAUACCCGCCGCCGCCGCCGCCAGGGGCCGCCUUCGUGAAUCCAAACCAAGGCUACGUUCAUAGAGACGCGGCCCCAAUGGGCGCAGAAAACAUACCUAUGCAGCACCGUGUCGCAUCCGCAUCUACAUUAUCUGGCCCGGCCCCGUCGACGCCGGCGCUGACGUAUUCCCCGUCCGCUACCACGACCGCUGCUCACUCCCCAAUCUCGCCCACUCCUCUCCCGGUCCACUCGAUGAACGAAAAGCCGCCCGCGUACGCAACUGUAGUAGGCGAGUCGUCUCCGGAGCCGCAACUCGACGACAUUACGCACCAAAUGGGACAAGUACCGGCACCUUCGGAACCGUCGAUAUAUCAUUUACCCGUGGCUCCACAGUCCGGGGCAACAGAUAUGAAGGGGGAGCCUAUUUCGCGGUAUUGAGGAAUGCGUGAGGUAUGUACCUGGCUAGUUAAGGCCUGGAUUAUGGUAAACGGUCAGAGGACGAGCGUGGGUGAGCAAAUGAGUGAGCAAGGGUUGAGUGGGAAUGGCCCGAGCGAAGUUCAUGUAGUAUAUAUUUAUAUAUUUCUCUUACCAACUUGAGUAUCUCGUAGAUUU